AACUAAACAAAGAGCAGAAAAUGUAAAAUUGAAUGAAUGGCAUGGACUUUAAAGAAAAACAGAUUUAAAGAUGUAAGUCAUUAAAAGCAGCAAUCAACAGCAAAGCAAAUAUGGCUCAUUUGAUAGCAGCAAGCUACCCCAACAUAUCAGGAAAACUCUGCGCAGAGAUUUCAUGUGGAUUUACUGCUACUCUUUCUAGACCAGCAAGGAGGACUAAAUUGAAAAUGAUUCAUUUUGAGGGGCAGUUUGAGAGAUCAGAAAGUAAGGCUAGUUGUUGUGUGGUGCAUUGCUGCAGUACCAGUUCAUCAAGCUCAUCAGCUGCUGAGGAAGUUGGGUUUGUGGGGAGUGGGAAAUUUGGUAUUGAUAGAAAGGGAGAGUUUAAGUAUUUGGUGAGUGAGUUUGGUUGGAAGGUGAGGAGUUUGUUUAGGAAUGGAGAUGAGGUGAGAAGGGCAGCUCAAGUUCAAGCUGAAGCAUUCCAUGAGCCUGUGUUUCUCUUCAAUGAUCUCUUCUUCCAAUUCUUCCAGGCUGAAGUGCUUUCUGGGCUUGUAUAUAAACUUAGGAACUCACCUCCGAAUAGGUAUGCCUGUUUGGUUGCUGAGCCUACACUUGACACUUCCAACUCACAAGAAGACCUUGUGGGUGUAGUGGAUGUUACGGUGUCGAGAGACCGGGAUGUGCUUCAGCAUCUGCCGUCGGAGGUAGAGGAAUAUCUUUACGUGUCUGGGAUAGCUGUUUUGAAGAGUUUCAGGAGGAAGAAAGUAGGGAGUGUUCUGCUGAAAGGGUGUGAUGUGCUCUCAGUUGAAUGGGGUUUCGAGUAUCUUGCUCUCCGGGCUUAUGAGGAUGAUUUGGGUGCUCGCCAAUUGUACUCCAGUGCAGGCUACCGAGUUGUCUCAGGUGAUCCCCCAUGGCUGUCUACUUGGUUUGGAAGAAAACGCCGCGUUCUCAUGAUCAAACACUCUAAACUAACUUAAUUAUUUCAAACUAAAAUCAUUGUAUUGUGGUUUUUUUUCUUUUAUUUAAUUCGAUUGUAAUUAGGUGUCCACACCCCUUUAAACUGGAGUAAUUAUUAUAUUUAUCUUCAUUUUC